AUGUACUUGCUACAACCGCUGAUCCUUUUUGUGACCUAUGUAUCCGCCGUCUCCGUUCCUAUCACUAUUCAGGGUGCCAAUGGAGUAUCCUAUCUUGGAGCUUUUGAUGAGACUCUCAAUCAAGAUAUUUUUCAGGGUGUUCCGUUUGGACAACCUCCGGUUGGCUCACUUCGAUUUAAGCCUCCGGUAGCUUGGGCUCCCAAAUCAGCACCCGUGACGCUGAAUGCUACUGCUCUAGGGCCUUCAUGCCAUCAAGGAACGAGCACCAUUUUGUUUGUAUCAGAGGAUUGUCUGACUAUUAAUAUUAGAAGAGUUCACAAUUCAACUAGUAGUAGCCGUCUACCUGUUAUGGUUUGGAUCUAUGGUGGAGGAUUCUACAAUGGAGAUGUGACGGAAUAUACUGGUCGUCUCCUCCUUCCAAAGGCUGCAUCGUUGGGAAACCCCGUCGUUUACGUCUCGUUCAAUUACAGGCUUGGAGUAUUUGGAUUUCCUCCUGGAAUAGCAUCGGCAAGUGCAGGGGCUCAGAAUCUGGGAUUGUAUGACCAACGACUUGCACUGGAGUGGGUUAACAAGAACAUAGCCUACUUUGGGGGUGAUCCAGCAAAGGUUACAAUCUUUGGUGAAUCGGCAGGCGCGAUUAGUGUCUCUUACCAAACUAUGUAUAAUGGUGGUAACAUUGGCGGCUUGUUUCACGGGGCUAUAAUACAAUCGGGCUCACCUUCCUCCCGUAAUACCCCCGCGCCGUCAAACGCUGCACGCGAGAUCGCAUAUGAGUUCAUCGUCAAUGCUACAGGCCAGUUGAGUCAGGCAAACCGUGAUGUGUUAAAGAUAUCCAGCGAGCUCCACUCACUUGACCAGGGACCGGUGGCUUUUGGUCCAACUGUAGUUCCGGGAGACUCAUUUCUCCCUGAAAAACCAGCGGAUAUCAUUCACGAUGGGAGAUUUGCUGACGUUCCGAUCAUUAAUGGCGUUCAGUUCGACGAAGGAACAGCAUUCUCUGGGAACACAUCCACUACUCAAGAUGUCAUUGAAUGGCUGACCUCGACCAGACCAGGCUUAACAUUUGGGAUCAGUGACGAUGCGGCAAUUCGACAGCUCUUAGCCUAUUAUCCGGAUGACCCGACUCUCGGAUCACCCUAUGGAAGCGGUAGUGAGCUAUUCGGACGUCCUCAGCAGUACAAACGUCUAUCAAGUAUAGUAGGGGAUCUUUUGUUUCAGUCAGCCCACAGGGACCAUCUUCGUACCGCAACAAAAUUCCGCGUGAAUUCUUGGUCAUAUACGUUUACCCAGUUCAUUCCAACAACUUUGCCGCCUUACUUCGCGGCGCAAUACGGCGUUCGCCAUGCUGGAGAAAUUUUAUUUGUUUUUCAGAAUCUGCCCAUUAAUGCACCUCCAGAAAUGACUCAGCUUGCCGAUACAGUCACUAAUUAUUGGACUUCUUUUGCUUAUAACCUAGAUCCUAAUCCCAUAGGAUCUCGUAAAGAGGUGUACUGGCCCAAGUAUGGUGCUAACGCCACCAGCUUAAGUCUCCAGGGCGGGAACGUCACUCUCAUGAAAGAUGAUUAUCGUCAGGCUCAAAUUGAAUUCAUUAUUGGUAACCCCAGCCUGUAUAACUAG